GCCGGCCGCGGCGGGGGCGGCGCUGACAGGUCCCGGGCGGGGCGAGCGGGCCCGUGCCGGGGCCUGAGGCCGUAGGGAAGAUGAACACCCUCCUAGAGCAGAAGGAGCAGCAGGAGAGGCUGCGCGAGGCCGCGGCCUUGGGGGACAUUCGGGAGGUGCAGAAACUGGUGGAGAGCGGGGUGGAUGUGAACUCGCAAAAUGAGGUCAACGGCUGGACCUGUUUACACUGGGCAUGUAAACGCAAUCACGGCCAGGUAGUCUCUUACCUGUUAAAAUCAGGAGCUGACAAAGAGAUUCUCACCACGAAAGGAGAAAUGCCAGUCCAAUUGACAUCAAGGAGAGAAAUCAGGAAGAUCAUGGGAGUGGAAGAUGAUGAUGAUGAUGAUGUUGAUGGCAGCCUCCCCCAGCUGAAGAAGGAGUCAGAACUGCCCUUUGUUCCCAACUAUUUGGCCAACCCAGCCUUCCCUUUUAUAUACACCACCACAACAGAGGAUUCAGCCCAGCUGCAAAAUGGCGGCCCCUCCACACCCCCUGCAUUGCCCUCUGUGGAUGGCUCGCCCCCAUUGCUCCCCUCUGGGGAGCCUUCCCUUCUAGGGGCCUUUCCGCGGGACCACACCUCUCUGGCACUGGUUCAGAACGGUGAUGUGUCUGCCCCCUCUGCCAUACUCAGAACACCAGAAAGCACAAAACCAGGUCCUGUUUGUCAGCCACCCGUGAGUCAGAGCCGUUCCCUGUUCUCUUCUGUCCCGUCCAAGCCACCAGUGUCUCUAGAGCCUCAAAAUGGGACAUAUGCAGGACCAGCGCCAGCAUUCCAGCCAUUUUUCUUCACUGGAGCAUUUCCGUUUAAUAUGCAAGAGCUGGUACUCAAGGUGAGGAUUCAGAACCCAUCUCUUCGAGAAAAUGAUUUCAUUGAAAUUGAACUGGACCGACAGGAGCUCACCUACCAAGAAUUGCUCAGAGUGAGCUGCUGUGAGCUGGGUGUUAAUCCAGAUCAAGUGGAGAAGAUCAGAAAGUUGCCCAAUACUCUGUUAAGAAAGGACAAAGAUGUUGCCCGACUCCAAGAUUUUCAAGAGCUGGAACUGGUUCUAAUGAUAAGUGAAAAUAAUUUUCUGUUCCGAAAUGCUGCAUCCACACUGACUGAAAGGCCUUGCUACAACAGGAGAGCUUCAAAACUGACUUACUAAUGCAGCAGGGACUUUUAUCACUGAGGAUUGUGACGGUGUGUGUCACCUCUGGGCCAAGGACAAGCCAUUGAUCCAAAUCAAGGCUGGUUUUCUAUACUUCUGCCUUGGAUGCCUGGGAGGGCCCUGGUGCCACUAAGUAGUGUACACUAACACCGUCUGCCAAGGUAGGAAGCCCCUGACCCCCAAGCAGUGGUGCCACUCUUCCAUGCCUCUUGGUGCACAAUAAACCUGUCGCUUGAAGCAUUGAACAGCUGAGAAGUGGUCUGGAGAGGCGGGAGCCAAAGGUUUCUAUAUCCAGUGGGCUUUAUGUGUAGAAUGUGAGAGAGUUGUCUCAGCAGAAGACGAGAGUGGAGCCUAUUUCAAGCCUCUCCUGUUGACAGUGCACCUGAAGGGCUAGGAUGCGCUGUUCCUGGUGUUGCAUGCUCACAACUCCUGAAAUGUGAACUAACCAGAGAGGAAACUUGGGUACUAGACAAAUGAAUUUUAGUGUGACUUGUAGCUGUGAGGUUUCAUAUAACGUAUUUAUAAAUGUUACUCAGGUUAAAAGUAUUUAAGAAUACAGUUACCUAAUUGUAAAUAGGCUGUUAACCAAAAGAGCCUCCCCUCCCCGGCCCUUCCUCUGUAACACUCAGCCUGAUUCUCUGUCUCUAGUCUGCCUUUGCCCAGUCGCCUCCGCAUUAACUCCCCUUCGUGGUCACUAGAGGGCUCUCUGAUGCUUCCCAAAAGGGUAGCCCCCUUUCCACUCUGAAGCGGUUCCUGGUAUCUAAAUGUUUGAUUGCACGGAAGAGAAGAGCACAAACAUUGCCUUGCCGGUCCCUGUUCUCCACUUUCAUUUUCCACUAGAAAUGAAAAGCAAUUUUUGAGACUGAAUCUGUUGCUCUUUUAAAGGUUAUUGUGGGAAACUGAGCUAAAGGAGUUAGCAUCUUUAUUUUUGUAUUAAAGAUAAAGGUUAUUUUGGAAUUAUUAGGAUUUUUACACAACUCCAAAAUCUGUUGCUUUUGUAAACAAAGUGUUUGAUCUAGGUAUGCCCCUGUCCCCCCUCACCAAUCUACUUAACAAAGCCAGUUGUGGGUCUACCAGACUUUGUUCUGAAGUAAAUGGAAAAAAAAAAAAAUCCUGAUCAAACUCUUGAGCAUAAAAUUCUUUUUAAAGAAAGCACUGAAGGAUUCUUCUCCUUCCCUUCAGUGUCGUUAAGGUUAAAAGAAAAGCCACUGUCUUGUUGAAGCCAACAGUUUUCACUUUAGAGUUAAACACUAGCACACUUAGACAAACAGAAGAAAAGCGCGGGGACUCGAAGCCAGCUGUUGAGGAGCAUCCCUGCUGUCUUAAGAAGCUUUUUCCCCAUAGUGCCUAUAGUUUCCAAAGAAACUGAACUUCCUAACCGUUAACUUCAUUUAUUGGAACACUACAGCUGAGUGAGAACGUGCAGAAGACGUCAAUGGGAGAGAAUGUUGUGCUAAGAGAACGACCUCCUGCUGCUGCCUAAAUGCUGAGACAAGGUUGAGGUGUUUCUCGGGGCCAACUUCAUAGAGUCACUCAAUUUAGUGACUUAAUUUAUUCCACCAAUUACUGAUGGUGUCUUACCCUUGUAGGGAGUGUAUGCAUGGCACAGUGAAGGUGACUUAUUACCCCCUUUCUCUAAGUGCUUUAAGGAAGAAAGCGCCCCUGUGUUUCAAUCAGAAGCCAGUUUACCUAGAGGUACUAGCCUUUUUUUUUUUUUUCCUUUGCUUUGAAAAAAGUCACAUUUUACUUAUAGAAUUAAGGCUGGUUCUCUCCUGGGGGAAAUUAAUUCAGUAUUAAUUCAUGUCUGAGUUACUAGGGUUACAACUCUUGUAGCCAUCCAGAUUUAGAGACUCUCAGAAGCAGCGAAGCCCCUGUCUGGGAGGUGGGCUACAGAGGGGUGGCCUGGUCCUACCAGGAUAUCUCCCAGCUUAGAAACAGGCGAGCAAUGGUCUUGGUGUCUCAGGUGGCUUUGCUCUGCACUGUCUCUGUUCUCCUUUAUAAGGUCCUCUGUUGUCUAACAGACUCCUGCCCCCGGCAGUGGGGUAAGACUGCACAGUUGCUGGUAGGUGAGUUUAAAGUCUUAAUCUAUGCAUUCAGAGAAAUAUUUUUCUAUGCUUUGUGUAAUUUAUAACAAAGGUUUUUUUAGCUUUGUUAACUGUGAAUUCACCCCUCUCCUCCACCGCAUGUUUAAAGCGUGUCUUCACACAUCGUGUGUAAACAUUCACCGGAGAGUUUUUUCUUUAUGCAUUGCUGACUGUUCAAACAUAACAAAUGUUAUUAAAAUUAAAUAUUAACUGAC